AUGGAUGACUUACAGGCUUCUUCCGGCAAGGUUACCGAUUGGGUUCACCCAGGUGAUAAGUCUGGCGAGUUCAAGCGACAGGUCAGUUCGUUCAGAGAUUGGAUCUCGCGAGAAGCUGGCGCAAAGUAUCCUCCCGAGAAGGGGCGAUAUCAUUUGUACGUCAGCUAUGCCUGUCCAUGGGCUUGUCGUACACUCGCUGCACGAAAGCUCAAGGGUCUAGAGGACAUCAUCUCGUACUCUGUCGUUCAUUGGCACCUUGGCCAAAAUGGCUGGCGCUUCGUGACCAAGGAUGAGAAGGAACCUGGCGAGAAUGUGAUUCCCGAUCCAAUCGAAGGCCAUGAGAGCUUUACGCACCUGAGACAGGUGUAUUUCGAGUCUGAGAAGGACUACUCGGGGCGAUUUACUGUCCCGGUUUUGUACGACAAGAAGACCAAGUCCAUUGUGAGCAACGAGAGCGCUGAGAUUCUGCGCAUGUUCAGCACUGAGUUUGACGACCUCAUUGACGAAAAAUACCGUUCCAUCGUGCUGUACCCCGAAAACCUCCGCUCGCAAAUUGACGAAACCAACACCUGGCACUACGACCUCAUAAACAAUGGCGUCUACAAGUCCGGUUUCGCAACCACAGCCGAAGCGUACGAGCGCAACGUGAUUGCUCUUUUCGAAGCUCUCGACAAGGCUGAGAAGCAUUUGCGUGAACAAAAGGACGGACCCUACUGGUUUGGCAAGAAUAUUACCGAGACCGAUAUCAGACUAUAUGUCACACUGAUCCGUUUCGACCCCGUUUACGUCCAGCACUUCAAGUGCAACAUUCGCGAUAUUCGUUCGGGCUAUCCCGCGCUGCAUAAGUGGAUGCGUAAUCUGUAUUGGAAUCAUGCUGCGUUCAAGGAUACCACGCAGUUUGAGCACAUCAAGUGGCAUUAUACCAGGAGCCAUACGCAGAUUAAUCCGCUUUCGAUUACGCCUGUUGGUCCUUUGCCAAAUAUUAUGGAGUUGGAUGAGGAGGUUCCUGCUGUUGCGGCAAAGAUUUAA